AUGGCUGCUACACCAAUCGGCUUCUUCGGCCUCAAGCUCGUUCCGGGCAAGAUCCACAGGAUGGACGUCUCGCGCGACUUCAAGAUCACCAACGUCUCGUACGCCGACGCCCCAAAGUCAAACACAAAGACGCUCGUCAAGAUCCACUACACCCACGUCCCUGGCUUCGAGGAGGACUACGACGAGGACGAGGAUGCUGACGAGGAGAAGAACCCCGAGGACGAGGAUGAGAUCGAGGAGAAGGUCUACACGCUCUGCAGUCUCAACGGUAGCAACAAGGACCACGCCGUCGUCGACCUGCAGUUCUGCCAGGAGGAGCUUAUUGGCUUCUCCAUCACCGGUGACGCGCCUGUUGAUCUCGUAGGCAACUAUGUCGCACCACCCGACUUUUUCGACCAGGAGCCUUCCGACAGCGAGCUCUACUCGGACGACUCGGACGACGAGGGCAUGUACGAUCUCGACUCGGACGACUUUGAUUCGGACGAUGACGAGGAGGACGACGAUGAAGACAUGGAGGACCCUGCCCGUUUCGAGGAGCUCGUUGAGUCGAAGCCCAAGAAGGCGAUCGCAGCUGCGCCAGUCGCCGAAUCAAAGAAGCGUGUUGCGGAAAAGCCUGCCAAGGAGACCCCCGUCAAGAAGCUCAAGGCGGAUGCCGCCGCCGCUCCGACCGCCUCGGCCACUUCGACACCCACCAAGGUCGCCGACGCCAAGGCCGACAAGCAGACCAAGACCCCCAAGGACGUCAAGUCGCCAGCAGCCACCGUCGAGAAGAAGACCGCCGCCGACAAGCCAGCAUCUAAGAUGACCACCACCAAGCUCCCCUCCGGUCUCAUCAUCGAGGAGAAGAGCGCCGGUACAGGAGCGCCUUGCAAGCCUGGCCAGAAGGUGGGCAUGCGCUACGUAGGCAAGCUCACCAACGGCAAGGUCUUUGAUCAGUGCACCAGCGGUAAGCCGUUCUACUUCAAGCUCGGCAAGGGCGAGGUGAUCAAGGGCUGGGACGAGGGCGUCAAGGGCAUGAAGGUUGGCGCUGAGCGUCGUCUGACUUGCCCGGCAAAGCUCGCUUACGGCAACCAGAAGCUGCCCGGUAUCCCUGCUAACUCGACGCUCAUGUUCGACGUCAAGCUUGUCGAGAUCAAGUAG